CCCGGGUUCUCCGCCCGCCAGACGUCUUCACCACUCGUCGGAGGUUUUACAAAGGCGCAAAUGCACGAUGAGGGCUGAACGCUGGAAUGAGCACGGCCCCGAUUGGGCACCUGUGGAGCUUAUUUGCAUUGGAGGUCGUGAUUGGCCGACUUCCCAAGAUAGCCUGGGCGGUGUCUGAACUGCGCGUGACCACCUACGGCGAUGGCCUCUCUGGGGACUGCCUUCCGCCGCCUGGGCGCUGUGUCCGGAGCCGGGGCCGUAGGCUUGGCCGCCUACGGGGCGCACGGCGCCCAGUUCCCAGAUGCCUACGGAAAGGAGCUGUUUGUCAAGGCCAACCAAUACCACUUCUUACACAGUCUGGCCCUGUUAGGGGUACCCAAUUGCAGAAAACCCCUCUGGGCCGGAUUACUACUAGCCUCUGGAACCACUUUAUUCUGUGCCAGUUUCUACUACUACGGUCUGACUGGAAAUCCUACCAUCCAGACUUUGGCCCCUGUGGGGGGGAGCCUGCUAAUCUUGGGCUGGCUUGCCUUGGCAUUUUGAACUUUCUUGUUUUUUACUUCUGGGUAAUUUUUUGAGAACUGGAACUGGAGGAGAUUAAAAGUGAAAGGCAAAAUAAAAACACUGCAGUCUUUA